CUGUGGGAGGCAGAGGACAUUGACAAACUAGGGACGGGGCAGAACACGUGCGCGACCUGGAGAGGUUUUUCGAGCGUAUGGUCAAGUUCAACCUGAAACUGGCACCCAAGAAGACGAACCUGGGGGUGAAGGUGGUGACGUUCUUGGGGCAUCAAGUCACGGCGGAAGGGAUCGGGCCGGACCCGGAAAAGGUCAGACCGCUGCGUGAAGUGCCAAUGCCCACUAAUGUUAGCCAGCUACGAUCGUUGUUGGGGUCUUUGUCGUACUAUCGGAAGUUCCUGAAGAACAUGUCGGCAAAAUUGAAACCGAUCAAUGCAAUGCUGAAAAAGGGAGAGAAGUUUGCGUUCACGGCUGAUCAUGUGGCGGUGGUAAGGAAGAUGAUGGAUAUUCUGUCUGGUCCUACGGUCUUGGCAUUUCCGUGUUAUGAGGGUGCGAUAUCGGGAGAGCGGCCGUUUCGGCUAACCGCUGAUGCGUCGAUUUCGGGCUUGGGAGCCGUAAUUGAGCAAGAGCAACGAGAUGGGAGUAUUAGACCGCUAUGCUUUUUGAGCCGAUCCACAUUCCCGAAUGAAACCAGAUGGAGUCCGACUGAGCUGGAAGCGGGUGCGAUAGUGUGGGCGAUUAAGAAGAAUCGAACACUAUUUUAUGGCAUCCCCUUUGAAGUGUACAGUGACCAUCAACCCUUGCGAAAUUUGGGGAGUUUGGCAGAGAAAAACAAUCGCGUACAGAGGUGGUAUGACUUCCUGUCAGCGUACACGUAUGAACUGAAGUAUCGACCAGGGCGAGAGAAUGCAAAUGCCGAUUUGAUGUCACGGUUGCCAUUGCCUGCGACGAAAGAGGAUGAGGCACCAGAUGUCAGGCUGACUGAUCCGUCUGAUCUCGAUGUUUACAUGAUAGGUGCGAGCGGGGUGAUACCUUCGCGAUUGGGUCCGGUGUAUACCGAGCGAGAGGCGCUCGCUGGGUCGAACCAUCGCGAUGAUUUUGUGGUGGGGGAAGGUGGCUGUACAUCGGCAAGCCUCACUACGGACGAACUGGCAGACAAGACGUGGGCGCUGAUCCAAAGGGGAAAGGACGUGUCCAACCCUUUGCCUGAUGGUGCGUGUGUGCCUGAUGACACCCGGUUGGUGGAACCGAGUGGGGAAGUAGUCAGUGACGCUUGUUGGGAUUGGUGGGAAAAUCGCGAGUUUAUGCUAUUUCUCAAGGAGGGGGCUGUGCCUCUGGUGGUGAGGGUGGUGGGGGUAGUAGUAACGCUCGUGGGAGUGGGAUUGUUACUGGUGGUGGGGGUGGCAGUAGUGCUCGUAGUAGCAGGGCUGUUGCGCGUGGAAGGGGUCGAGGAAGAGGGGCUGCUGGUGGUGGUAGGGGAAGGGGUUCCGGGGGCAGGGGUCCGGCAGCACCUCCGUUGCCUCAAAUUCCGUUGCAAGAGUAUGAUGAAGAACAGACGCAAGCGGCAAUUGAAUUUGGGGAAAGUUUAUGCGAUAGGACGGCUAGUGAUUGGGCAGAUAUUCAGGAGGAAAGAUGACACGGCGCGAUUAGCAAUUACGGCAAUUGAAGGGCACGCUGAUCCAAAGAGAAUGAAGGAGGGAGAUAUUCCGGAAGGGGUAGAUGUCGACUUGGAUGAGUUGAAGCGGUUGGUUUCCCAGGGUACUUUGUUGGUGUUGCCAAAUUCGAAGCAUUUGUUGGUGAGGAAAGAAUUAAAAGCCCCUGCGGAAAAUCCAAAUAGAAAUCCAGGGCAAUUUGAGAGGUUGGUGGGUGAACAGCCAGUUCGGACGUAUGUGCCUAGGAUGUUGAGACCGUGAGUCAUGGAUUGUGCCCACAAGGAAGCGGUGCAUUUGGGAGGGAAAGUGACUUUAGGUUUUUUACAGAGGAUUUACUGGUGGAUAGGAAUGGCUGAAAGCGUGCGGUGGUGGAUCCGUAGGUGUUAUUCUUGUCAGUUUCGGA